GGUACAUUCCUGUGAGAAGGGGAAGAUGAAGGUAGCAGUCACCGGAGCCAGUGGUCUUUUGGGCCGAGCGGUCUUUCAGUAUUUCGAGCAACAAGGCGCAGACGUGAUUCGCCUGGCAUACUCGAGAGCGUCGGACGGCUACACGAAACUUGAUCUUCUGGAUCAGAAGGCGGUAGAGGACUUCUUCAAUGGGCAUCAGGUGGACGUGGUUGUUCAUUGCGCUGCAGAACGUCGACCUGACGUAGUCGAGGCGGACCCUGCCAAAGCUGAACAAACCAAUGUUGCGGUGCCAAGGCAAUUGGCUCAGCUAGCAUCCAAGCAAGGGUUUAGAUUGUUUUACAUUUCGACAGACUAUGUGUUUAACGGUACAAAACCCCCAUACGAGGUCAACGAUGAGCCUGACCCGCUCCAAUCUUACGGUCAACAGAAACGUGCUGGGGAAGUUGCUGUCCUUGCAGAACGCGAAUCUGGCGCUCAAUCUACAGUCUUGCGGGUCCCUAUACUCUACGGGAAGACGACGUACAAUGCCGAAUCGGCAGUCAAUAUCAUUGUAGAUGUCGUCCUUGAUCAAUCUGGAAAAGAGUACAAGAUGGAUGAUCGUCAAGUCCGAUUCCCGACCAAUGUAGAGGAUAUCGCUAGAGUUUUAUACGACUUGUCAAAGCUUGACAAAUCUCUUCCUCCCAUCUUGCACUACGCUUCGCCGGCUCCAGCUCUCACCAAGUACAAUAUGACGGAAAUCAUCGGCAAACAUCUUGGCGUAUCAAUUGACCACGUCAAAGCAGAUAAAGAGAAACCUGUCGUCAAGCCAGGUCAGACUCAACGUCCUGAAAAUACUCAAUUGAGCACGAAGGCUCUCGUGGACAUUGGAAUCGAUACAAGAGAGGAUAAGAGCUUCGAUGAUUGGUGGAAAGCCUAUGCAGGCGAGCUGAAGGCGAAACAAUAAAAAUAGACAACACAUCAUGGUAAUAUGCAUCCC